CUAAUCGUGUGCUGUUCCAUAGGGAAGCAGAAAGCCUCGCUGGGUCGGGAGUGAUCCUGUGCUGUGGGACACAGUCUCGAGGGAACUGACCUGCCCGCAUCGUAAUGGGAGUAAUGACUCGGGCCUCAUCUGUUCUAUGGUGGGCCAGAAUGAAGAAAGCAUCCUCGCUGUGGAGACCCAGUCCACUGGGCACAGCGAUCCUGAGUCCACCAUGCCUAGUCCCUGGACUCAGACCUCCACGGUGGGGUCACCUUGGGCCAAGCAAACAAUAGUGUUUGCUCCGAGCCCCUCAUGUCAACACAUGGACAUUCUCCGUGGAGUUGAGCCCCCGGCGUAUAAGCAGUGUGAGGGGACCUUCCCAUGUGCUCAGCGCCAUGAUUUGUCCUCAGACACUCUUACUACACAGGAUCCUUCUGACUGUCAGCGAGGUGGACACACUCUGAGUCAACCUUCACACCCGAGUGAUCCUAAGAAAGUCCAGACAGGAAAGAAACAACAUCUAUGCCCCGAGUGUGGCAAGGCCUUCUCUUACUCUUCGUCCCUUACUGUACACAAGAAAAUUCAUACAGGAGAGAAGCCUUAUACAUGCCAAGAGUGUGGAAAGGCCUUCACUCAGUCUUCACAGCUUACGAUGCACAUGAAUGUCCAUAAUGGUGCGAAACCCUACACGUGUCAGGAGUGUGGGAAGGCCUUUUCUCGAUUCUCAACCCUUCAUGCGCAUAAGAAAAUUCAUACAGGAGAGAAGCCUUAUUCAUGUCAGCAGUGUGGAAAGGCCUUCGCUCAUUCCUCGAAGCUUAUUAGGCACAUGACUAUUCAUACUGGAGAGAAACCGUAUUCGUGUCAGGAGUGUGGGAAGCUCUUCACCCAAUUCUCAAACCUUUCCGCGCACAUGAAAGUUCAUACUGGAGAGAAGCCUUAUUUAUGUCAGGAGUGUGGGAAGGCCUUCUCUAAUUCCUCCAACCUUAGUAGUCACAUGAAUAUCCAUACUGGUGAGAAGCGUUUUUCAUGUCCGCAAUGCGGGAAGGCUUUCAUUAAAUCCUCACAACUUUCGGUGCACAUUAAAAUUCAUACAGGAGAAAAGCCUUAUUCAUGUCAGCAGUGUGGGAAGGCCUUCGCUCAUUCCUCAAAGCUUAUUAGGCACAUGACUGUUCACACUGGAGAGAAACCGUAUUCAUGUCAGGAGUGUGGGAAGCUCUUCACGCAAUUCUCAAACCUUUCUGUGCACAUGAAAGUCCAUACAGGAGAAAAGCCUUAUUCAUGUCCGGAAUGUGGAAAGGCCUUCUCUCAUUCCUCCAACCUUAGUAGUCACAUGAAUAUUCAUACUGGCGUGAAGCCUUAUUCAUGUCCGGAAUGUGGGAAGGCUUUCAUUAAAUCCUCACGACUUACUGUGCACAUGAAAGUUCAUACAGGAGAGAAGCCUUAUUCAUGUCAGGAGUGUGGGAAGGCUUUUGCUGAUUCCUCAAAGCUUAUUAGGCACAUGGCUACGCAUACGAGAGAGAAACCUUAUUCAUGUCAGGAAUGCGGAAAGUUCUUCACUCAAUUCUCAAACCUUUCUGUGCACAUGAAAGUUCAUAACGGCAAGGUGUGUGGAAAGGCCUUCUCUCAUUCCUCCAACCUUAGUAGUCACAUGAAUUUUCAGACUGGUGAGAAGCGUUAUUCAUGUCCAGAGAGCUGA